AUGGCUGCUUCAGUGUCUGCUCGGAUGCCCACUGGCACCUCAGGCAUGUGGUCACCUUGGGUCUUGUGCCUCUCAAGAAGAACUUCCCCGCCCCAUCCCGCCCCUCCGGAAGCCCCGCCUCUCGUCCGGCUCCGCCCAGCCCCGCCCCACCCCGCCCUGCCCGGCGUUCGCCAAGCCCCGCCCCUAGCCGCUCGCCCUCGCGCUGGCGGCUCUGGCACGUCCCUGCCCGGCCUCUCUUCCGGCCCCGCCCCUCUGGGCUGCCAUGACAACGAGUCCGCACCCCGCGCCCCGCUACUGCUUCGGCGGGACCCAGGCUGGACCGCGGGCCCCGGCCUGGGGGCCACAGCUGCCACCGCCGCCGCCACCUCGUCUCCUCCCCGUCCCCGCCCCGCGUCUCCCCGCCUCACUCGGGCCCGUGGCCGGGGUCCCUCCCCGCCGCCGUACCCCGCACGGAUGCCGAAGGUGAAGGCGCUGCAAUGCGCCCUGGCGCUGGAGAUCCGCUCUGUGGAAUUCCCACCCCAGCAACUGACAUGUGUCGUCAUUGCACAGAGUACCUUGCCAUCUCCUCCCAGGGCUUUACUGGAAAAACCCAACUCCUCAAAAGUUACUUCAGGUCCCUCCUAUACACGAAUCCAUCGGACUUUGAGGGGGAUCCUUUCUCAUCCUUCCCUGUCAACUUUUAGAGGGAAAUUCCUCAUUCUCCAAACUUGCAACCCCACCCAGACUCGCUUCAGAGGAUCCUUUCCUUCCGCCUCCUAUGGAAGUCCAUCCGAGGCAGAGGACCCCACAAGUCCUCCAGUAACUUGUCCAGGAGUGGUGCUGAAAGACAAGGAGGACAUCUAUCUUAGCAUCUGUGUGUUUGGCCAAUACAAAAAGACACAAUGUGUCCCAGCCACUUUUCCACUGGUCUUCAAUGCCAGAAUGGUGUUUGAAAAGGUGUUCCCUGAAGCAGUAGACCCAGGAGAUGUGGUUGCACAGCUUGAAGAUGAUACAGCAGUGUUUGAGUUGAUACAGCUAGUUCCACCAGUGGGUGAAACACUGUCUACAUAUGAUGAAAAUACACGAGAUUUCAUGUUCCCGGGUCCAAACCAAAUUUCUGGACACCAUGAUUCAAACCGCCAGGUUACCAUGAGGAGGAUUUCUGGCCUUCGAGGAAUUGCCCCAAAGCUGGAAUUUUCUACAACUUCAGUGAUUACUGAAUGUCUGAUAAGUUCAAGGAAGUGCCGCACUCAGGAUAAAUUUACUUACCAUUCGGCUCCACUUGAAAAAUCAAACAGCAGACUACAAAGUAGAACAUCAAGAUCACAAAAGAAAAAAUCCAAAUCACCCGAAAGGAGUAAAUAUUACAUAAAUGCAAAAAACUACGAACAGCCUACAAUUUCUUCAAAAUCACACUCUCCAUCUCCCUACACAAAAAGACGCAUGUGUGAGCUAUCUGAAGACACCAGGCGGCGGCUGGCCCAUUUAAAUCUGGGACCCUAUGAAUUCAAAAAAGAAACAGAUAAACCUCCGUUUGUGAUUAGACAUGUUGAUCCCCCAAGUCCCAGGGCUGAUACUUUACAGGGAUCAUCUAGCAGAGACUGUGAAAGAGAUGGGUGGUUCAGGAUGCACAAUGAUCAUUCCCAUCUUGGCUGCUGCCGACCCAAGGAUUAUAAGGUUAUCAGGACACCCCAUGGGAGAGAUUUCGAUGACUCUUUAGAAAGGUGUGAAGAGUAUUUGAGCUCAAGGUCAUGUAACAAGCCCCAGCAUUCAGCAAGGACCUUACUAGUUCAUUCAGCACCCUCUACAGUGCCGAAGCAUUCUCCAAGCCCUGUGUUAAAUAGAGCUUCUCUCAGGGAAAGAUUCCGUUCUGAUUGGUGUUCAUCUUCAAACUGCGAUGAGAUCCAUGACCGGGACGAGAGAGAUACAGAGAGAGAGGAUGAACUGGAACUGAAAAGAGGUCUUUUAUACAGAGACUCUGCCUAUGACAGUGACCCUGAGUAUAGCUCAUUUCAGCAGCCACGUGGCACUCCCCAUUUGGAUGAAGGUGAAUAUUGGUCCAACAGGCCAGCCUCUUGUAAGGGCAAAUCCCACCGACCCAUCUUUGAGAACAGCAUGGACAAGAUGUACAGGAACUUGUACAAAAAGGCCUGUAGUUCUGUUUCCCAUACACAGGAAAGCUUCUGA